GAGCGCUGCCCGCCUUGGUAACCCCUCCGAACGUGGGGCACUUCUGCUGUUCAAACACACGCGGGGAGCAGCGCCGCUGCACCCCGCUCGGCAGUGGGUGUCCUCCUCCAAGCGCUGUCCUGCUAUCCUGAUUCUGUCCCGCUGAGCCGUGUGACCCGUGUGUGUGCACGGCGCUGCUGCGGGCCGGGGUUUCACGAGAGCCGCAGACAGCAGCCGCCCACCUGCUGCUGCCUUCCUGCCCGCCCUGCUCCCGGGAGCCGGCCUGGGGCCGGGGGCAGCGGCACGGAGAGAUCCCUGUCGGCAGCACGGGGAGAUCCCUGUGAGCAGCAGGGAGAGAUUCCUGUCAGCCGCAAGGAGAGAUCCCUGUCAGCAGCAAGGCUGGCCUGCGCUCUUGGUGGUCUGCAGGCUUGAUCUCUCCAGGGAACCUGGUCUGCAGCGGAAUGCUUGGUUUUGCCAGGAAAUGUUUUAGUAUUUGUUGUUAUGGCGUGGGGGUGGUUCGUUGGGGUUUUUUGUUGUUGUUUGUUUCUUCCCUGUUUUAUUAUUUUUUUUCUUCCUCUGCAUCCAUGCUUUGACUGCUCUGAUGGUUAAGCAAAAAUACGAGCUGUCAGUGUGGAUGAGUGAGAGGCAAAGUUUGUGUUUGUGAUGACUUUUUAGGAAACUUGUUCAGCCAUACUCCCCACAGUGGAGUUUUGCUCUCGUUUUGUGGUGCUGCACAUAGCCAGAGGAGUAAUUUUGGGGCCCUAGACUAAGUGGUGUCUUGUGAAGAUGAUGUUUUGGAAAGCACUGAACUGUCCUUGUACAUCACAUUAAGUGUUACAGUAGGACAUUAAAGGUUCUUCCUUUCAAGUGUAUUUUUCUAUCACAAGCACAAACUCAGCAGCACACAGCUUUACCAGAUGAUUCUGUUGAAUCCAAUAACAAAGAGUUUGGGCAGAGCAUAUGCUCUGGCUUUUGCUGAAAGAGGAGCUUCAGUAGUUGUGAAUGAUCUUGGAGGUGAUUUUAAGGGAUAUGGCAAAAGCUCCUCAGCUGCUGACAAAGUUGUCGAUGAAAUCAGAGCAAAAGGAGGGAAGGCAGUACCCAAUUAUGAUUCCGUGGAAGAUGGUGAAAAGCUUGUGAAGACAGCCCUUGAGGCUUUUGGGAGGAUAGAUAUUGUUAUAAACAAUGCUGGGAUCCUGAGAGACCGUUCCUUUGUUCGGAUAAGUGAUGAGGAUUGGGAUAUAAUUCACAGAAUUCAUUUGAGGGGAUCAUUCCUGGUCACCCGAGCUGCAUGGAACCAUAUGAAAAAUCAGAAGUUUGGCAGAAUAAUUAUGACGUCCUCAGCUGCUGGAAUAUAUGGAAACUUUGGUCAGGCAAACUACAGCGCUGCAAAACUUGGUCUUUUGGGUCUUUCAAACACAAUUGCAAUUGAAGGCCGGAAGUACAACAUCCACUGCAACACAAUUGCUCCUACUGCUGGAUCCAGGCUGACCCAGACCGUCAUGCCACAAGAUCUGGUCGAUGCUUUCAAACCAGAAUAUGUUGCUCCUUUAGUAGUUUGGCUUUGUCAUGAGAGCUGUGCUGAAAAUGGCAGUCUGUUUGAGGUGGGAGCUGGGUGGAUUGGAAAAUUGCGCUGGGAGCGAUCCUUGGGUGCCAUUGUCAGAGGAAAGAAUCAGCCAAUGACACCUGAAGCAGUGAGAGAUAAAUGGGAGAAGGUGUGUGACUUUGAUAAUGCCAGCAAACCCAGAACCAUCCAAGAGUCCAUAAGUGUAUUGAGUGAUGCUCUGAGUCAGAUAGAAUCUCAAGGGAAUGUUUCUAUGAAUUCAACAAGCUCUGGAUCAGUGGUCUCUUCUUCUGUUGACACGACAAGCAUUGUUGGCCGUGAAUUGGGUACCAAUGUGUAUAAAUACACUCACUUGGAGCCUAUUCUAUAUGCACUUGGUGUGGGAAUGUCAACUAAAGAUCCAGACCACCUAAAAUUUCUCUUUGAAGGAAGUGAAGAAUUCUGCUGUUUACCCAGUUUUGGAGUAAUUCCUGCUCAGACGUCAAUGUUUGAUGGUGUUCCUUCUCUUUCAGGACUAAAUAUAGAUCUUGCAAGGAUGCUGCAUGGUGAGCAAUAUCUGGAGCUUUAUAAACCAUUACCAACCUCAGGAGAAUUGACUUCAGUUGCAACUGUUGCUGAUCUUCUGGACAAAGGAUCAGGAGCAGUCUUGCUAAUAGAUGUGAAUACCUAUUGUGGAAAGGACCUAGUGUGUUACAACCAGUUCUCUUUGUUUUUUAUUGGAGCUGGAAGAUUUGGUGGAAAACGAACAUCAGAAAAGGCCAAGCCAACAGCAGUUCCACCCAAGAGACCCCCUGAUGCUGUAAUUUCUGAUGUUACAUCAGUUGAUCAGGCUGCCUUAUAUCGGCUGAGUGGGGAUUGGAAUCCUUUACAUCUGGAUCCAAGUUUUGCUGCUCUUGGAGGAUUUGAGAAGCCUAUUCUUCAUGGGCUAUGCACCUUUGGAUUUGCUGCUAGGAAUGUUUUGAAGCAGUUUGCAAAUAAUGAUGUGAAGAGAUUCAAGGCAAUCAAGGUUCGCUUUGCAAACCCAGUCUAUCCGGGGCAAACUUUGCAAACGGAAAUGUGGAAGGAAGGAAAUAGAAUCCAUUUUCAGACUAAGAUCAAGGAGACUGGGGAACUUGCCAUUGCAGGGGGCUAUGUGGAUAUGGUACCAGCCUUGGAAAAGCCUUCUGCUCGAGAACCUCUAAUGACUGAAGGGCUUCAGAGUAACCUGGUGUUUCAAGAAAUUGGUCGUCGUGUAAAAGAAAUGGGAAAUGAAUUGGUAAAGAAAGUAAACGCUGUAUUCCAGUGGGACAUCACUAAGGAUGGAAAAACGGCUAUGCAGUGGACAAUUGACUUAAAGAAUGGCUCUGGAGCAGUGUAUCAAGGACCUGCCAGAAGUUCUGCUGAUACUACCUUCACUCUCUCAGACGAGGAUUUCAUGGAUGUGGUACAACAAAAGAUCAACCCCCAAAAGGCAUUCUUUUCUGGUAAACUAAAAGUGAAGGGGAACAUCAUGCUGAGCCAGAAACUGGAAAUGAUCCUGAAAGACUAUGCCAAACUCUGAACUGCUUGAGCAUCUACCACAGCACUGAAGAACUGUAGAAGAUAGAAACUCAAUUAGUUAAGAACCAAUGAUUUGCAGGCUAGUUAACAUCAAUGUGCUGAUUCAUUAUAUGGCUAAUACACAAACUGAUUUAAUUGCUGUAGACAGAAAUUAUGAAAUGGACAUAACUGUUACUAUUGUCCCUUUUUAGUUUCUCAGCAAUGGUAGAGAAUCAUACUUUCUGAUUGCACAUCUUUAUCUAAAUAAAAUGUAUUUAGUUCUUACAAAGAAGCAUAUAUUUCUAUGUUAAUUCUGAAGAAAAUUAAACCAGUAGAAUUCUUUAA